AUGAUGCAACUGAUGCAGUUUGCAGAGUGGCUCCGCGAGCCCCGCCACGCCGCGGCGUUGGGCGCGGGGCUCUCGGCGGCCAUGGUCCUAAGGUGGUGGCUGCAACCGAAGAUCGAACGAUUCCGUGUUGUGCCCGGCGUCUGGCUGCUGGGUGUUCUGCCGCAGUUGGGCCCGGGCGGCAGGGACACCGCCAAGAAGCUUGACGAGUUUUCCGAUCUCCACGGAGACGAAGGCGUCUUCGAGAUGAACUUAGCCGGGAGCCGGCUCGUCGUCUGCUGUUCUUGGGAGGCGAUCAGCUCUGUGCUGUCUCUGCGACCUUUCAAGGUCACCAAGCCCGGCAGCCUGGCGAGUGCAGCGAAUGGGGUCAUCCAAGGCGUUUUCUUCUCCGAGGGGGACCGCUGGAAGCGCGAGCGCCGCAUCAUGGCCCCUGCCUUCAACGCCAAGAAUGUGGGCAGCUACGCACCUGCCAUAUCUGAAAUCACGGAGAAAUUCCUUGCUGCCCUGGAUGCCGACUGCAAAAGCAAGGGCGAGACCAAUUUCUCCGAGCUCCUUCCCAUGUACACUGCCGACGUCCUUUGCAAGACUGCUUUUGGGCAAGAGCUGCGCAUGCUGGAGACGAGAGACAGCUCCUUAGUGAAGGAUGUGCACAGGCUUAUGGACUGCCUCGGGACCCGUAUGGCAAUCCCGAUUCCGUACUGGAAGAUUCCCUUCUUGGGAAGGUUCCUGGAUGGAGGGGAGCGGGCAGCAAAAGAUGUGGGGAAGAGCAUGGUCGCUCUCAUGGAGAAGCAGGCAGGUCACGGCGAGACGCUGGUGGAGAAACUGCGAAAGAUGGACGGCGACAAGUUCACCCACGACGAGUUGGUUGGUAACCUGGAGGUGCUCUUCGCUGCUGGCACAGAUACGACUAGCCAGGCUUUGAGUUGGGCUUUUUAUCACCUUGCCCGGCUGCCUGAGCUGCAGCAGGCUCUCGCAGAGGAGGUGAAGUCCUUGCCGGGCGUUUUGACUCUGGAGCAGCUGGACUCUUUGCAGUUGGUCUCGGCCAUGUGGCUCGAGACGCUUCGAGUGAAUGGCCCAGCGCCGUUUGAUUUCUUCAUGAACCAGGAGCCGAUCCAGCUCGCCGGCCGCACCGUGCCACGGCACACGGAGCUUUGGCUGAACUAUCGCCACGUCCUGAAAAACUCGCCGGAGGUCAAGGCAAAGCUUGGUGACGACCUCCAGGAGUUCCGACCUCAGCGAUGGCUCGGACCUGAAGGCAUCAUCAAGCACCCGCCUUUUGACAGCCUUUUCUUCGGGCAUGGCGCUCGUAUUUGCCUGGGGCGACAGCUGGCGGACUACGAGGGAAAGUUGGCCUUAGCCAAGGUGCUUCAGAACUUUGUGCUGGAGGAGUGGACGCAGCCGCCCCUGGAAGAGUUUACCACCUUUGUCGUCGUUCCUGCAACUGAUGUCGUCAUCCGCCUGCGGCGCCGCUGA